AUGAGCGCACAUCCAAACCACUCUCCCAUCCCCGGCGACAAUCCCAACCAACCCCAAGUCGAGACGGCUGAGCUUCCAGGCGACCUCCCCCCCAACCCCUUGCCACACCCUCUCCAGUCGAAUCCGAUCCAAGGAAACCAGUAUCCUCCUCCUCCUCCGGGCCCCCCGCCAUCGUCCAGCACCGAGCCGCAGUACUACCCGCCUCCGCCUCCCGGUCCUCCCCCCACGAACCAACCUGCCAAUGACUACUACCCGCCGCCUCCUCCUGGCCCUCCCCCCUCCAAAGUAGACGCGCAGUACUACCCUCCGCCGCCGCCCGGCCCUCCUCCGAAACAGACCUACGAUACGUCGCCGGAGGAGCCGGACUCGCCUCCGCCGAGCUACUCGGAAAUCGGACCGGGUGUCAUCGUGACCGAUGAGAAGUUGCCGGCGCUUCCACCCCGGCCUCCUGCCUCGCAAGCACCGCAGCCUGUACCACAGUUCCCACCACCUCCCACGGCAUCCCUCCCCGUCCCGGGCGUGAGCCACCAUCACCAUCACCAAAAUCAGUCUACGGCAAGCGCCGAGCCAUCCUCAUCGACCUCGCCGUCGAAACCAGGUCUCGGGCGCAAGUUCUAUGAAUGGGGUAUUAAGGCCGGCGCGCCUAUCAAUAAGCUGACAAACAUGCUUGGGUCAGAGGCAUUCUGGCCUACGAGUAUGGACAAAGAGUGCGACAAGGCCGCGCGCGUCCUCAGGAGCUUUUGCAAAGACGGCGUUUACACGACGGGAUCCACGUCGGCCCGCCCGAGCCGCAGCCCAAGCCCAUCGGCCCCGCCGUCGUCGACGAGCCGCUCUAAUUCGCCGGGACCAAGUGGUAAGCCGAAGGUGCUCGUCAAGAUACCGCGGUCGGUCGUCGCGAACGCCAAGGGCCUUGCCAUUUUCACCACCUUUCGAACGGGCUUCCACAUCUCGGGCGCCGGGGGCUCGGGGCUUGUGGUAGCGCGGCUGCCGGACGGGUCAUGGUCACCGCCGGCGGGCUUCCUUGUGCACACGCUCGGCGCGGGGCUUAUGGUCGGACUCGACAUCUACGACUGCGUGUGCGUGCUCAACACGGAGGCGGCGGUAGAUGCGUUCGCGCGGCCGCGCGUCAGCCUCGGCGGCGAGAUCGCGGUGGCCGCCGGGCCCGUCGGCGCGGGGACCGGCCUCGAGGCCUCGUUGGGUCGCGGUGGCGCCAAGCCGGUUUUUAGCUAUAUGAAGUCGCGUGGCUUGUACGGCGGCGUGCAGGUAGACGGCACGGUGGUGGUACAACGGGCCGACGCCAACGCCGUCUUCUACGGUGUCGACCGGAUCAACACCGAGGAUAUCCUACGGGGGGAAGUCCCACGGAAUAGCGGCGGCGGCAGUGGUAGCAGCGAGCACAAAGACAAAGGCAAGGACGGGCUAGUCAUGUGGCCCGAGGGCGCCCGACAGCUGAUGGAGGUGCUGAAGGCAGCCGAGGGCAAGGGCGCCGACGAGAGCAUUAUUAAAGAACUCGGAAGCCAACCUACGCCUGGCGAUCUAGCGCCUCCGCCGGCACAACCCAACCAACCCCAUCAGUUAGGAGUAGGUGGCAGAGAGGCCGGCGGCGCUACGGAGAAAGUGAGAUUUGGUUAG